AUGGAUUUUGAAGCAGCCUACAUCGUUGAUUCAGUGGGGGAAACGCCGACUACAUUCAAGUCGGCGAUGGAAUCAAGCGACUCCGGCAAGUGGAAAGAAGCGUGUGACUCGGAGUUCGAUUCGCUUCAGAGAAACGACACGUGGGAAAUCGUGCCUCUUCCGAAAGGUCGCAAGGCCAUCGGGUGCCGAUGGGUUUUUCGUGUAAAGGAGAAUCAAGAUGGCGAAGUUGAACGUUUCAAGGCAAGACUUGUGUCCAAAGGAUUCUCACAGAAAUUCGGAGUUGACUAUGAAGAAACUUUCGCACCGGUGGCCAAGUUCACAUCGAUUCGUGUGGUGCUCAGUAUGGCGGCUAAGUACGGCCUAAUGCUACAUCAGAUGGACGUCAAGACAGCGUUUCUUAACGGCUCCCUCAACGAAGACAUCUACAUGGACCAGCCGGACGGAUACCUGGAUGCAACACAGCCGGACUAUGUGUGCAAGCUAAAGAGAUCACUCUACGGCUUGAAGCAAUCGCCUCGCAUGUGGAACCAAACAAUCGAUGGGUUCAUGAUCAAGAUGGGAUUCAAGAAGUGCGAAUCGGACCACUGCAUCUACAUCAAGCGAGACGACCAAGACAUGAUUCUCGUGGUGCUCUACGUCGAUGAUCUCAUCCUGGCCAGCAGCAACAACGAACUCCUCAAGUCAACCAAGAUGGCGCUGAGAAAACGCUUCGAAAUGACGGAUCUCGGUGAGCUCGAUUACUUUCUCGGCAUGGAGAUCAAGAACGACCGUAAGACGGGAAUGGUGACUGUACAACAAACCAAGUUUCUCAAGUCCGUGUUAACCAAGUUCGGAAUGGAUAACAGCAAGCACGAAGACACCAUGUGCAACGUGCCAUAUCGAAGUGCUGUCGGAGGCAUCAUGUAUCUCAUGGUCGCCACACGUCCGGAUCUAGCUGCUGCAGUGGGAUCAUUAUCCCAGUUCUCGUCCGACCCAUGCCCGACUCACUGGCAAGCUUUGAAGCGUGUGCUGAGAUACCUGCAAGCAACGCCCAAUCAUGGUCUUGAGUUUACACGUGAAGAAGGAAGCCGUAUCUGCGGGUACACCGACGCAGACUGGGCCGGCGACAUUGAGUCAAGACGAAGUACAAGCGGCUAUGUGUUCAUGAUGAGCGGAGGAUGCAUCAGCUGGAAAAGACAGAAACAACGGACGGUCGCGUUAUCUUCAACAAAAGCAGAAUACAUGGCGCUUUCCGAAGCAACCAAAGAAGCAGUAUGGCUCAAAGUGCUUUUGGGGGAACUUGGUGAGAUGACAAGCGACGAAGCGAUCAAGAUGUAUGAAGACAACCAAGGAUCAAUCGCUCUCGCCAAGAACCCGGAGUUCCAUAAGAGAACAAAACACAUCGACAUACGCUACCAUUUUGUGCGUGAGAAGGUGGAAUCAGGUGAAGUCGUUUUGGAGUAUUGCCCGACUCAAGAUAUGCUGGCAGACAUGAUGACCAAGCCGAUCGCCGCUGUACAAUUUGAAAACAUUCGCGAUCGACUUGGGAUCCAAGGUGCCGCAGCUAACGAGUCGAGAGGGAGUGUUGAAAAGACAGCGGCUGUGAAGAAGACACCUCGUCAAGCUGCGUCAAGUGUUGAAGCAAGUGGAAGACCAAGCUUCGCUAUACCGGUGGGUACCGGUAUGUACCAGUAA